AGGAGAGAAUUGAAAUUUGAAAAACCCUUAGCCGUGAAUUGUGAGCUUGGGCAUAAAUCGUAAACCUGGCGGUCGCUUCCUGCUGCCUGCACUUACCCACCAUCCACUAAAUAAAUUCAGUGCGGAGUUAAUUCUUUUUUAUUCUUUUUUUUUUUUAAAUUUGUUAAGCAGCAGCCGAGCGGCCUGAAACCGGAGACUUAGAGAGGAAGAAGGACGCUGAGAGAUUUGCCAGAAGAAAAAUGGGAAAAAUAUCAUGGAUGAAGCUUAAGGGAAGCCAGAACCUGAGGCUGCGCCUUCUAUUAUCGACACUCUCCUCAACUCCUAUCCUCAUCGAGGACAUUCGCGCCGACGCCACCUGGCCUGGCAUCCGCCCCCACGAUGUCUCCUUCCUCCGCCUCCUUGAGAAGAUCUCCGACGACUGCCUGGUUGAAAUCAACGAAACCGGCACAAAAUUGAAGUAUAAGCCGGGGAUUGUGAUGGGUGGGAAGCAUUUAAUUCAUGACUGCGGCGUUAUUCGGUCUAUCGGAUAUUUCUUGGAGCCGUUGAUUCUGCUUGGUUUGUUUGGAAAGAAGCCCCUCUGCAUAAGGCUCAGAGGAAUUACCAAUGAUUCUAAGGAUCCAUCUGUUGAUACAUUCAGAUCAACUACUUUACCCAUUUUGAAACGGUUUGGAGUUAAUCCAGAAGGAUUGGAGCUAAAAAUUGAGAGCCGCGGUGUUGCUCCUGGUGGGGGCGGUGAAGUUAUUUUGUCGGUCCCCAUUCUCCAGGAUAGUUUACGAGCAGUUACCUGGAUUGAUGAAGGAAUGGUUAAGAGGAUUAGAGGAGUGACUUUUUCAACUAGAGUGUCUGUUCAGUUUGAGAACACCAUGAUACAUGCAGCUCGUGGGAUCUUUAACCGUUUGCUUCCAGAUGUACACAUAUUUACGGAUCAUAAAGCUGGUUUACUGGCUGGAAGGUCGCCUGGUUAUGGGAUUUCACUUGUUGCAGAAACGACUUCUGGGUGCUUCAUCUCAGCUGAUAAUUCGGUAUGUUAUGCACAAGGGGAGGAAGAGGCUGAGAUUGAGGAUGAGGCAAUGCAAGACUUGAUGCCUCCAGAAGACACUGGUGAGCAAGCUGCUGGUGUCUUGCUUGGGGAGAUCGAACAAGGAGGGGUGGUAGAUUCUACUCAUCAGGGAUUGUUGUUUCUUCUUUGUGCAUUGUGUCCACAAGAUGUUUCGAAGGUUCGUGUUGGUAAGCUUUCACCCUAUGGAAUUGAAGUACUCAGGCAUAUCAGAGACUUUUUGGGGGUCAAAUUUGUAAUCAAGCCAGAUCCAUCGACAGAAACCGUCAUCCUUAAAUGCGUGGGUUGUGGAUUAAAGAACUUAUCCAGAAAGGUCUCAUGAGGAGCAAUGGCAGUAGGUAUCAAAAAUAUUCUCAACUUGGUCUGCAGUGGGUUGAGUUGUGGUUUUCAGCUAGGGUUUGCGUCCUGUUCCACUAGCACUGGGCUGUCAUUGGUUUCCUUCGAUGAAAAAAGAAUCAUCCUCAAUUUAAGAGGCAUUUAGUUUUGUUUUUCCUUUUUUAUUUUAAUCGGCAGAGCAGAAUAUGAUUUCAUGUAGUAGUAGUUUUCAAUUGAGUAAAUCUGUUGAAUUUGACUGGAACUUGCCGCUGCAUCGGGGUAAUUCUUGAUGCUUUUUCUCCUAGCACCCUCAGUUCUUUCUCAGCAGCGCUAUCGUAAUUCUAUUGUAAUGAUUCUUCAGCGCUC